CUCCAUCUCUCUCCUCCUCAUCCCUCCCUCAGUCCGCUGCCUUGUCUCUCCAUCCCCCGGCACACAGUCAGCCUGUAGCCGGCAUGGCCACCGUUAGCUUCAAACCCCAUCGCCUGGAGCUGCUGGCUGCCUAUCAUGAUGUCAUCCAUGAGCAGACCCCUGUAGACUGGGCAUUGUACACAUACGAAGAUGGCACAGAUGACCUUAUCUUGGCAGCAUCAGGAGGUGGUGGAUUACCUGACCUCGCUAGCCACUUUGAGAACCAGAAAGUGAUGUAUGGGUUCUGCAGUGUGAAGGAGCCCCAUGCCAUGCUAGCUCGAUACGUGCUCAUCAACUGGGUUGGAGAAGAUGUACCCGAUGCCAGGAAGUGUGCAUGUGCUAGUCAUGUGCCAGAGGUGGCAGAAUUUUUCCAGGGUGUGGAUGUUAUAGUGAAUGCAAGCAACGUCGAUGACAUAGAUCCUUUGGCCAUAAACCAGCGCCUAUCUAAUGGUUCUGGGCGGCUGGCAAGUCCAGUUUUACAACGACUGCAGAUCAAAGAUGAAGCAACUGCUGAUCCUGUGGGUACAAAUUACCAGAAGACAGACGCAGCUGUAGAGAUGAAACGUAUUAACAGGGAACAGUUCUGGGAGCAAGCAAAAAGAGAAGAGGAGGAAAGGAAGCAGGAAGAAAGGCAAAAAGCUAUUGAGGAAAGAUUGCGCUUUGAGCAAGAACGCAUGGAACAAGAGCGUAAAGAACAGGAAGAACGUGAGCGACGUUACCAGGAAAGAGAGCAGCAAAUAGAGGAACACAGGAAGAAACUGCAAAGUGAAGAGGAAGAAGAGACCAAGAAAAGAUUGCAGAGCAACUCGAUAUUUAACUGUCUGUUUAUACCCUGCCAGAUGGACCAGAGAGAGAUGGAUGAUGAGGCAGCAGAGCUAAAGAGGACGGAAAGCGAAGUGGAGGAGGCUGCUGCCAUUAUUGCCCAGCGUACAGAAAACCCCCGGGAAUUUUUCAAGCAACAGGAGAAGGCUUCAGAUGUCAAUGUUUCAUUGCUAACUCCCCGGACUGCAGUGAGAAGUUCUUCAGAAGCAGGACCACCUCGUACUCCUGAGAAGGACCGUCGUAUUAGCUUGGGGGAAGAGUGGAACAAAGCCCUGAGUUCUGAAGAGACUGUCCAGGAUGGUGCAUGGGCACCACAAGGGCUCACAGAAGAUGUUUUUAUGGAGACAAAAGAUGAAGAUGCUGGGUUCCCAGCUGCUCCUCAAUUAACAGGGAGUGAGGAAGAAGUUGUUAUGGAGCUGGGAGAGGUUGACUUGAUGUCAGAAAGUCAUCCCCCUCCAACACAAGAAGCUCCUAGUCUUCUUGAUCUGUGGCAGAAUGAUGAGCCUCAGGAAUCCACCUGGACAGAUGGAAAUUUGAUGACAUCCCAUGAAGACAUCCACACAGAGCAAAAAACCCUUGGGGAAACAGAGGCAUGCCCUCCUGUCCCUGAGGAUAACCUUCUGAACUUUGAGGAGCUACCACAACCACCCCCUACUUUUUGUGACAUGGAGGCAGAGGAGGAUCCCCAGAGUAUCAUCCACAUUGAGGGUCCUCAUCAGAUGACUUUGAGCUAUCAGCAUGCACUGCAGGAAGCUUCUUGUCAUCAGCCAGAACUUACAGACUGUCUUCUUACAAAUGGGGAGACAUCUCAAAGAGAAGGAACUCAGGCAAGUGAAGGUUACUUUAGCCAGUCACAGGAUGAAGAUUUUGCUCAGCCCGAUGACAUGUCUGCUAAAGCACCACCACCAGUGUUUUACAACAAACCACCAGAGAUUGACAUCACAUGUUGGGACUCUGACCCGGUCAUGGAAGAAGAGGAAGAAGAUGAAGAAGGAGGCGGCUUUGGUGAAAGUGCUUAGUAAUCCCUUGUCCAUUUACAUGUGACUAAAAUACGUGACACAGCCGUUUAACAGCAAAGUAUUGUAGUAAUGGCUGAGGCUUCUGCCCCUGCUGGAGCCAUGCUCGUACGACUCUGCCUGCUUCCCCCUCUCUUUACCACCAUAUGUGAUUUUGGGGGGUAGGAGACAGGUUGUCAUUUUCUUUACCUCCUUUCAGUUAUUAUUUUCUAUAUAUUCUAAUAAGCCAGUCAUAGCCUUGCUGGCAUCUCUCUGCUUUAUUUGACACGAUUUUGGGGAUUGCUAUUAACCCCUCUAGGUUGCGCAGAACUUGUGCAUCAGAUCCAGGAGCAGCAGCCAAGCGCCUGGUUCCCUCAGUGUUAUUAGCUGGAUUUAUUUUUUCUUUUUCUUUGACCAGCCUGUGCCGACUGCCUUUUGCAUUCGGAUUGAAGGAUGCAAAGAGGAUUUCUUGUUGUAGUUUUAUCUUUGUAACUUGUUCCUGCAGCUUUUUGAGGAAACAAAAUAGAAACUUAUGGCAAUAAUUAACCCUUAAUACCCCUGCACAACCCUGUGGGGCAGGGGGCAUAUUUUCCACUGUAGCAUCCCCCCCCUUUUCCUUCAUAUUAUUCAUUUGCUCAGUGCUCCUAUUUAUUCCCUGGAUGCGGGGGUGCCAUGCCUUGUUCUUGGAUCAUAAGCUCCUGCUGGUAGGUUAGUGAAGAUGAAGGGAAGUUGUGCACACAGAUAUUUUUUUCUGUUGACCACCUCUUUGACUCCUUGCGCCUUCUCAUUUCAUGACCUACAGCAAAGCUUCAUUUUCUUUUUCCAUGUUUAGUAACGUUCUGAAAGCACAACACUGUACAGACUGUGCUCGUGUGUUAAUAAAGGAGUUUGG